AUGGAAGAAACGCCUUUACUGCCACCGGACCUCGUGGACAGUGAAUCCGAUGAAGAGUUCAAUAAAUCGCCUACUCUUAGUCCAGGCUCUAUGCACGAGGAGGAAAUAAAACCAGUUAGUACUUAUUGCGAUAGCGGUGACGAAGAACGGUCACCGCAGAGUGAAGGAACGAAAAACAAGAUGGGCCGAUGGUCCCUAAGCAAAGGAGCGGCAAAAAAACCAUCCAAAUCCAAAGUUCGUGUUGUAUCUGAGGAAGUUAUAUCCGAAGGGACGCAAUCCCAAGACGAGAUAAACAAAGUAAAUAUUCAUAGUGAAACGCAGCGGCUUCUGCGAGAGGCUGAAAUUCAUAUACCCGAACACCGGCCAAAGCAGUUCAAAAGUUUCACUGAGUUCAGGCAGUCACUUCGUGGAAUCGCUUCGAUCGCCAGUCAAGUUGUCGAAGAAACCGAAACCCGACAGAUACCACAUGAGAUGACUGCAGCGGAAGAUCCUGAGGAAAUAAAGAACUCGUCGAAUUUGGGAAUUUCCGAACCCAUAGAACAAUCUUCAUCGGCUCCCGUGGAUGCGUCCGUUCCAAAUGAUACCCAAAAUGGCACCCAUUUACUCCCUGACCAAUCUCAAACCCCAGAUCAUUCCAAUGAAUCCGUAUCUACAAAUCGACCAUCAAAAUUCAUGGGAAUUCUCAGUCUUCUUCCUGCUGCACUCCCCCCUCUGAACCGUCCGAGUGAAGAUGAGGGUUUUGUUGACUUGGGUGAGUUUGGUAAACAGCGUGGGUUGUUGUAUGUUACUGAGCAAUCACUGCGGUGUCAUUCACUGUGUACGCUACAAAAUGUUUUCAGUUUUGGUUAUUACACACCCUUGAGUGGUGAAUAA